AUGAGCAACAAACACCCGUAUAAUACUCGGAUGACAUCUCAAUCCAAUUCUAAGAUGAUGAAUAAUGUGCCAGUUUCAACACAUGAAAUGAUAUCAGUAGCGAGGAAAGAGGAUAUUCCUUCUAAUAAACACCCUUUUGCUCAGAUUCCUUCUCGCUCACAAGGAAUGUCAUCAGAGCCACUACGCAUGAGCUCAAAGAUUAAAACUAAUUCCCGUUCUAAAGGAAAACAAUCUACAAAUCAGUCAAAUUCUGUACAGCCUAUUGAUUUUUCUACUAUAAGAACAACAUAUCCUCAUCAAGAUGAAGUUAAGUCUAAGCGGUUGUAUAACCUUCCUGAGGGCAAGACAUUUUACCCCACAUGGACUGAAUUUCAAGAUCCAUAUGAAUAUAUUGCUAGUAUAACUAAAGAAGGGUCGCGCUAUGGUAUUAUAAAGAUCAUUCCUCCAGAAGGAUGGAAUCCUAAUUUUUCAUUGGAGACCACUGUAAAGUCAUCACAUUUAAUAAAACAGAAAGUUAACACUAUGGAGGGAGAAACUAGAGCCAAAUUAAAUUACAUCGAACAAUUGCAGUUGUUCCACGCACAACAGGGACGUCCUUUUUCAAGAUUACCCCAGUUAGAUAAAGCACCUAUAGAUUUACACAAGCUUGCGAGAGCCGUAGCAGAUCGUGGUGGUCCUCAUGAGGUAUCUAAAAAUAAACAAUGGGCUGAAGUUGCCCGUGAGAUUAAAGAAGGCGGAUACUCGCAAACUUGUACUUCAGCAUCUAAAACUAUUAAAGAGCGCUAUUUUGACUUUAUUGAUCCAUACGAAAAAUAUAUAUCUGAAGCGAAGCGGGAGUGUAAGCUAGGCAAGCUUGACAUUAAAGUUGACCUUGCGAAACCUGAAGAUGUAUGCGGAAAAUGUGGGAAAUUGACAGAGGGCAAUGAAGAUGUAUUGCAUUGUGAUGGAGAAUGCGAAAAACCAUAUCAUAUAGAUUGCCUUAAUGUUAAAAAAGAGAACCUUAACCCUGAUGCACAAUGGCAUUGCCCAAUGUGUCUUUUUUUAACUGGUACUGAUUACGGUUUCGAGCCUGGUGAAGGAUUUACUUUGAGGGAUUUGCAACAGACCGCUGAUUCAUUUCGCCAACGUCAUCUUAAAAAUCAUCCUGUACCUCCUGAAGUAUCAAUGGAGGAUCACAUUGAAUCUGAAUUCUGGCGGCUUGCGCAUUCGAUGGAUGAUAAUACAGAAGUUUUCUAUGGUGCCGAUAUCAAUUCAACGGAUUAUGGCAGUGAACGUGAUCGAGAUGAUCCAUACAAUAGAGAUCCUUGGAAUCUUCGGAAUCUUCCUAGAUUAACUGGUUCAUUACUUCAUGACAUCACUCCAGCUAUUCCUGGGAUGAUGUUGCCUUGGGUAUAUGUAGGAAUGAUUUUUUCUGCAUUUUGCUGGCAUGUUGAAGAUCAUUAUACCUAUAGUAUAAAUUAUAUGCAUUGGGGUGAGACAAAGACUUGGUAUGGAAUUUCGGCCUCAUAUGCCUCAAAAUUUGAAGCAGCCGCGAAAAAGCUCUUGCCAGAACUAUUUCAACACCAGCCAGACCUAUUGACACAAUUGACCACAAUUCUAAAUCCAGAAAAGUUGGUUCAGGAAGGAGUUGAAGUUUUUGCUAUUGAUCAACGACCAAACCAGUUUUUAAAUUGUAAUGAGGCCGUCAACUUUGCAUUACCAGAUUGGAUUAAAUUUGGAUGUGAGUCAAUAAAAUUUUACAAAGAAAUAAAACGACACCAAGAUAAAUCAUCAAACCUUUAUAUUGAUAAUUCAAGUACCCUUACAUGGUUUGGUUAUUCAAUUGUAAGAAAAAUUGUCUUUUUCUAUCAAAGGCUUAAAGAUCCGUUAAGUGAAAUGUGCACAAAAGAACUGAAACUUCGGACUGAAGUAAUUCAAAAUUUGACCCUACCCGCUCCAAUACACGACAUUACCGAACCAAAAGACUCCGAAAUGGUGUGUUCUUAUUGUAAUGGGUUUAGUUAUUUUUCAGCAUUGAAAUUUAAAUGCACAGAUCAAAUUCUAUGCAUUGAACACGCGGAUUAUGCACCAGGAAUGUGCAAUUGCGGUGAAGAAAACGAAAAGAAAUAUUGCUACCUCAUGCAAGUACGUAUAAGAGAUUUUCACUUGAAAAGUCUAAUGGACACUAUGGAAUAUACGGUCCAACAAGCGCAACAGGAUAUAGAAUAUUUUUCCACGUACCUUGAAGAAUCAACAACAUUAUCAGUCAAAGUAUUGGAAGACAUAUACAUAAGAGUUAAAGAAUGUGGAUAUGACUUUGAAUUAAGUGAAUUGGGUCAUUUUAUUGAGCAAUCAGAAAUCUGGUUUCGACGGUUAAUUGAAAUGUGUUUUGAAGUUGCACAAAAUAUUUGGCCUUCUACUUAUCGUAAUACGCUUAUUAAUAAUUUUGAUGUUGGAGACUUUAUUUGCAAAUGGGAAAAGAGAACAAGGAGUUGCCUCUCUACAACCGACAUACCUCCCCUCAAUCAAAAACAUUAUUGUUUUUGCCGACGACCAGAUAACUUUAAGACUAUGAUAGAAUGUGAUAAAUGCCACGAAUGGUAUCACUGUGAGUGCAUUGGCAUGAGCGAUGACGAAGCAAACUCUCUUGACACAUGGACAUGCUCUAUGUGUCAUUAUGAUAAAAAUCAACUUUCAAAAAAGAUACGAAAAGCUAUGAAUAAAUUUGAAAAACUUUUAAAAGCCACUACAGUAUUUCCGUUUUCACCGAGACAUUCAGAACAAUUCGUCAAGAUAAUUCAAAUCAUCAAAUCACUUUUAGGACCCGACCUGUUUCACACCCGACGCGCGAUUGGUCUUGGCUUGGCCAUUCCUAUAGAUGGAAUAGAAACAAAGGAGGGCAUUGAUACGGAUGUAAUUAUGACAGAUAAUUAUUAA